UUAUUCUAAUGACCAAACAUUAUUGGUUAGAUUAGUCACUCUUAGCUUAGUAAUUGUAUACAACUAUGGCUGUGAAUGUAAAUAAUAUAGAAUCAGGAGUUCAAUUGUUUUCUCGAGUGAAUAACAGAAAUGAAAGAUUGAUCCAUCUGAAUGAAAAAUUUUUUGGAGAUGAAAAUCUCCUUAACAUGAAUGUUGAGAUAGUUUCUGAUUAUAGUACUGACAGGAAUAGGUUGUUGGUAGAUUUCAUAAUAAGGUCUAUACUACCUACUACCCUGAAUAAAAACUGGAAAAAUUGUGGACUCAUAUUCAUCAAUACAAAUUUUCAAAUUGGAGUUUUCCAGAUAAUUAAAACAAUGGAUCAACAUUUGAAAGACAUGAAUGUGAAAAAUAGGAAACAAAUUAUCGAAGAAAGUUUACAAAAUCUGAUAUUGUUGAAUUGUUUCAAUUGGACCCAGUUGGAAGUAACAAUUUACAGUCUAGAGGAGAAAAUAAAGAAGAGACCAAAUAUCUGUACUUUGAUUUUGGAUGAUAUAACUGCAUUCUACUGGAUAAAAAAGCAAGAGCAAGAUAUGCUGAGUGCUUUUAUGCACUCUCAGAAAGUCUUUAGUUUGAUCUCUGGCAUAAUCAAGAGUUUGAAUCUACUUUUUGUGUUUGGCAGAACAGAAAACAAUGAAUCCAAUCAAGACAAACGAUUAUCGCAAAGUAUUGAUUUUCAAAUAAUUAUAAGCAAAAAGAAUGAUACUGCAUUUGAAGCUAUAGUUAGGAGCUAUAAGUCUGAUCAGAUUAAUACUGUAUCAUUUUCUAAUAUACUAUUCAAAACUGUUUUCCAUUAGGUCGCUUUUUAAUUCCCAACUGUAGAUGGGCUCAAAGCCAA